UACUCGCGUGACGAUGUGUUAACGGAUUUUCAAAUAUAAACAAAAACUUUUAAUUUUUUUAUUGAUCUUGUGAGAUUGUUAUUGAAAUAAUUGCAGAAUAAUUACAGUUAACAAUUUGAAACAGUUGGCAAAACAUAACGUAAUUAUGUCAGUGGAAAAGAUAGCUAAUAGUGCAGAAGACGUAUCCAUCUCUGCAAAAUAUCCAGAUAUAAUAUGGGAGUUGAAGAGCUAUUUACAUCAAAAUUAUUAUAAGAAAAAUCUUAAGCAAGUCUUAUACAGUUUGUCGCGAUUUACACCUUAUUAUCAUCCGGAUAAGUGUGAUUACAUUGCGGCGGAUUGGCUAUUUGUAUUAAAUACUAUGAAUUUUGCACUCUGGAAUCCAAAGAAUACCACGCAAUGGACAGUUGAUGGACUAACUGGAUAUCAAGCACUAUGUAUUGCUAUUAAAAGAGCGAUUGAUAACAAUAUGCCAAUAUGGGACCCAAAAUAUUACACAUAUAUAAAGCAAUGUGACCUUGAAAUCAUUUUCAAAAGUGAUGAUGGAAAAACUAGCAUCCCACUUAUCCGUGAAAGAGUAGAAAUUUUGCAUCAAGUUGGAAAAGUUUUAUUAAAGAAAUAUCAAGGUAGUUUCAAGCGAUUUAUUGAAUUGUAUAAAAACAAUCCAUUUACAUUGUUGGUCAAAAUUGUGAAUGAAUUCGAAUCUUAUGAAGAUAGAGUAAUAUACAAAAAUACUACUAUUAUACAUAAAAUUGAUCUGUGCUCCAAAGCUUGGACAUUAGUAAGCGAUAUAUGGUUUUGUUUUAAGGGACAUGAACUCGGAUUUGAUUAUAAUCCAAAUUUAAUGAAGUCUACAAUAUUUGCCGAUCAUCGCAUUUCUCAAGUUCUUCUUCAUUUUAAAAUUCUUAAAUAUAGUGAAAAACUCAUGACCAAAUUAAAAAACAACGAACCCCUGGAACAUGGGAGCCCAGAGGAAAUAGAGAUACGUAGUUGCUCGCUACAUACUGUGAAACUGCUGGAACAAGCAAUUUCUAAAGAUUGUGAGGAAUUUAUGAAGAAAAAGGGAAUUGAAAGGAAAAUUGAUUAUCAAAUUUUAAUCGAUAAUUUCUUGUGGGAUUAUCGACAUGCACACGAUCAGUUACUGAUGGAGACACAACCAUUUCCAAAUAUUAAAUGUGUGUAUUAUUAAAAUCCUCUGUGUCAUCUUAAAUUAACGAUUGAUUUCCGUGAUCAGAGAGAUAGUAAAUUUUUUUGUAAUAACGUUUUGUUUUGAAUUUUCUCUUUAUCUUUUUUUUAUAAACAUAAUAUUUUUACUACUUUCUAAAAGAACAUGACAAUUGAUUCUAUUGAUUUUAUUGAUUCAGAUAUGAAUUUUUUAAUAAAUAAUUUUUUUAACAUUUUAAACAAAAUAAAAUUAUAAAUAUAGAUAUUUUAUCAAGAAAUGCUAAAAGAUAUAUAUAUUUUCGAAAUUAAUAUACGUAUAUUAUAAAGCUUAAUGGCAGAAAG